GAUUAUUUAAUGUCAAUUGUGUCUAAAUUCGAUGUUUAGAAGUUUUAAUUUGUUGUUUAUUUGAAAUUUAUUAAUAAUAUUUUUAUUCUAACUUUUCCGUUUUCCAUGAAGCAUGCCAUUCGUAGGGGAAGUGUGCUGUAACCCGGCAUAUAUGUUUCAGCAGAAAAAACUCGAAAGGCUCAAUUUCUUGCUAUUGGAGUAGUCUGGAAAAGCAUGCCGUUUACCACCUUCUGACAUAAGAACCAUUUCGCCUAUUUUAGUUUAGUUUUACUUCUUUAAGUAUUGUGGAUUCAAUUUUAAUAUGUUCAAGCUGGUUCGUGAGAUGCUAAAUAAAUUUCGGCAAAGUAGUUCCGAGGCUGAACUACUCAGUGAGCAAGGCUACAAACUUACCAAGAAAGUUGGUGAAGGAUCUUAUGCACAUGUUUAUUUAGGUGAAUUCAUGCGAGAACCAGGAGGAGGGUCAUUCCAAAUUGCCUGCAAAGUCAUAAACACACAAAAAGCACCAGAUCGCUACAAUAGAAAAUUCUUACCAAGAGAAUUGGAGAUUCUUGGCAAAAUCAAGCAUCCUUACAUUAUUCAUGUCUACAGUAUCUUCCAAAGAAAGGACAGUUAUUUUAUUUUUAUGAGAUAUGCUGAACAUGGUGACUUAUUCCAGUACAUGAAAUUAAAUGGAGCCAUCAAGGAGAACCACGCGAGAAUUUGGACGCGACAAAUCGCUCUAGCUGUUCAAUACCUUCAUACCCUUGAAAUAGCUCAUCGUGAUUUGAAAUGUGAAAAUAUACUCAUCACGUCACAUAUGAACUGUAAACUGACUGACUUUGGAUUUGCAAGAAUCGUAACAGAUGAUUUUGGAAAUCACGUAACGAGUCAAACAUUCUGCGGGUCGAAACAAUACGUAGCUCCAGAGAUACUUCGUGGUGAACGUUAUAAUCCUAAGGCAGCUGAUAUGUGGUCCCUUGGAGUCGUUAUUUUUGUAAUGCUGAAUAAGGCCCUCCCGUUUGAAGAAAACGAUAAGCAUUCUUUGCAAAAUGCCCAGGUUCAACGAAAAUGGAAAUUCCGAAGUCGCGUAGUUGAUGUCCUUUCCGGCGAAGUCAAGGACCUUGUUACUGAGUUACUAGACCCUGAACCUGGCAAACGCCCAGAGGUGGGAAAUGUUGUUAAUUCAGCCUGGAUUAAUAUGGAUUCGAAGCUGAGAAGACUAGUAGCAGUAGAGGUCAAAGCAUUGCAUUCAGCGUUGGAAGAGGCAAAAAGCGCAGGAAAUAAAGGUCAACAAAAUAUGGAAAAUCGGAGGCGCACAUCAACAACUUUCAAGAAACAGAGUAAAGACCUGGUUUUCUGGAAGGAAAUGACUGCUAAACUCGAACUUGACGUGUCGCUUCUGAAUAGGUUGGACGACAUUGCUCUAAGCUAGCAGCCCUUUUGAAAAAAUAGCAUUCUGGGUAGUUAGAAAUUAGUUCAUUUUAGCAAGUUUUACGGUAGAUGUCUGAAGAAAAUUUUGAAUUAUUGAUGCGUGCGUGCGGGUGACAAAAUUAGUGAAAAAUAAAUAAUUUUAAAUAUU